UAUGCGGGGACCAUUCAUCGAGGAUCCAUGCGAUUUGCUCUCUCGUCUUCCUCUCCACCUCUCGGUGCACAGGUGCCUGCCCAUUAUUCCCGCACCUCCCGCCGAUUUUGACCGUCAGUUUGAUUACGGGUGCCACUCGCGUCGCACGCGUGAUUUCGGGGUACACUCGCACGCCUCCCUUUCGGGCGAUCGGACAUCGCACUUCGCGGAGGAGCACGAGGAACGCAUCGGACAGGGCUCGAAGCGACGACGCAUCUCUCCUCGCCCUUCGCUUUUUGCCGCAGCUGCGAUCUCGUCGGGGAAAGAUAGAGCUUGAGAAAGAAGCGAAGAACUCGGCGAGAGCCACCCCUCUUGGAUCUCAGUAGCAGUUGGCAUGACAUAGUAUUCUGGAUAUUUGAAUAUCACGAUGAGGAGAACUCGCAGAUCAACUAGUAUCCUUCCAGUUAUCUGGAUAUUUAUCGUAUUACAGUCCUUGGUCAAUGCGCAAACGACCUGCAACGGUGGUUUGGGCAGGGUGGUUUACGAGAGACUUCCGGAUCAACAGCUUCAGGGAUUCGAUGAUGAUGUGGUACGAGACUCGGCGCCUCCGUUUAGGGUGCUGGAGAAGUGUCAAGAGCUUUGCCUGCGCGACAGAACGGCGACGACCAACCUGGUCCGCACCUGCACGAGCUUCGACUUCCAGCCCGGCAACAGAAUUGCCUCCUACAGCGGUGCCGCCGAGUACGAGGAGAGUACUUGCUAUUUAACGAGGGAACAGGCGCAGCCAGAGGGCAUUGGAAAUCUCAUGCUCGUGCCGAACAGCGUGCACUUCACUGAGGUGUGCCUGGCGUCCGACAGAAUAGAAAGGGAAUGUCCGAAUCGUCGUUACGUGUUCGAGAGGCACCCGAGGAAAAAGCUGAAGCUACCCCUGACAGACAUCAAGGAAGUCAGCGCUGCUAACAGGACUGACUGCGAGGACAGGUGCCUCAAUGAAUUCACUUUCGUCUGCCGGUCGGCGACGUACGACACUGCGCUGAGAAGUUGUUCCCUCAGCCGUUUCACCAGAAGGACUCACCCCGAGUUGCUGGAGGACGAUCCGAAUUCUGAUUACCUGGAGAAUACUUGCCUCAAUGCUGAGCGACGAUGCGACGGACUCGCGGUGUUCGUGAAAGAGGAGAACAAACGUCUACGCGGCCCGUUUGAAGUGGACAUAUACACGAAUCUCACUUUGGACGAGUGUCAGGCGCUAUGCCUCAGAGCGGAGAAGUAUUUCUGCCGCAGCGUAGAGUUCGACGAGCAGACCCGACACUGCGUCAUCUCCGAGGAAGACUCCGUCUCGCAGAAGGACGACAUUGGGCUCAGCAAUAGUCCCAGUCAUCACUUUUACGAUCUAGUCUGCUUAGACAAUCAUCCGUCCUUAGCGCGCGGCUCUGAAUACCCGGACAGCAGCUCGACGUCGCACAUGUUCUCCGACGGCCGACGACCCGAUACGGCCUUUCAGCGUUACCGGCACUCGCGUCUCAGCGGCGAAUUUCAUUCAGAGAUCACCGGUCGCAGCCUGAGCGAAUGCCUGGAUGAAUGCCUGCGACAGACGAGCUUUCAGUGCCGCAGCGCCGUCUACUCCGAGAAUUAUCACAUCUGCCGAUUGAGCCGGUUUAAUCAGCGGGACGGUCACAGGAUCAUCUACGACGCCGACUACGACUACUAUGAGAAUCUUAUGCAUCAAUAUGAUGGCGAUCGCGACGGUCCUGGAUAUAGACCGGAUCCUCUGGGACAAGACACGAACUUCGGACGACCCUCGCUGGGAAGACCCGGCUAUCCGGACGAUUACGACAAGGGACAAUAUCCAAGCAGCGCAAAACCCGAUCGCUAUCCCGAUCGCUAUCCGGAUCGUAUGCCGGGUCGUUAUCCAGAUAAUUAUCCAGAUCGUUACCCGGAUCGAUAUCCCGACCGUUAUCCAGACCGGUAUCCCGAUCGUCGUCCUUUGCCGGACGAUAGAUAUCCAGACAACAGAUAUCCUGGACAGUACCCAGACGAUUCGGACAAUUACGGGGAUCGAUACCCUAGCGAUCGGUAUCCUGACAGAUAUCCUAGUGGAAAUCGUUACCCACUUGGAGACCGGUAUCCAAACUCAGAUCGUUACCCAACCUCAGAUCGUUACCCAACCUCAGAUCGUUACCCAAACUCAGAUCGUUAUCCCAUAUCUGAUCGUUAUCCUAUCAGAGGAGGAGAUCGUCACCCGAUCGAUAGAUAUCCUGAUUCCGGAAGUCUCGAUAGGUAUCCUAUGAAUGGCCGUUAUCCCAUGAUGAUGCACGGUAUGCGAUAUCCAAGCCGAUAUCCCACAGACAUCAGUGAUCGGUAUCCCAACACGAUCGAUCGGUAUCCUUUCCCAGAAGAUCCAUUGGAUCGAUAUCCCACAGCGUUAGGCGGCGAUAGAAUGCCGAUCGAUCGAUAUCCAGCCAGUGGCAGAUAUCCUGAUAAGGAUUCUAAUCGCAGGUAUCCGUCAGGAGGACACGGAUUGUACCCGCACGGGUUUGUCGACGACGUUCGCGGUCCUCAAAGCCACGGUCCCGAGCGACCUCACUAUGGCGGGCCUUACGGCCCGGCGCGACCCACUCUUGUUGGAGGAGGAUACGGCGGAGGAGGAUAUGGUAAUGACGGCGGCGGAAUCGUGGGUGGAGGAUAUGUAGGCGAAGGUGGUGUCUACAAUACUCGUCCGUUCGGGACCGCGGGUGGCCCAAUCAUAGGUAGACCCCCAUUGGUAUCCAGAUGUGACGAGCAGGACAAUUUCAGACAAGUUGGAUCUCGUACUAGAGUGCGAAAGCCGUUUAUCAGACGAUACACCACUGCCUCUUCGCAGGGUCAAUGCGAACGGGAGUGCACUGACGCCAGAGAUUUCGUUUGCAGAUCCUACAAUUACCGGUCGUAUGCUGCGCCUUACGGGGCCGAGAGGGACAAUUGCGAGCUCAGCGAUCGAGACUCGAGGGACAUGGACAUGGGCAACCCGGUUUAUUACGAGACCGGGUCCGAUUACGACUUCUACGAGAGGAACAACGGUCGGCAGGGCGCGGAUGGGGAAUGUCUGGAUGUUAGCCAAGUCUGUAGCGAGGACGGGAUGGAGUUUACCCUGAGGACGCCGGAGGGAUUCAUCGGGCGAAUUUACACGUACGGGUACUACGAUCGGUGCUUUUUCCGCGGGAACGGCGGCACCGUGAAUGUACUUCGUAUCAGCGGGCCUCAGGGAUACCCCGAGUGCGGCACACAGCGAUACGGUGACACGAUGACGAACAUCGUGGUGGUGCAAUUUUCGGACUACGUGCAAACCGGACGGGACAAGCGAUUCAACCUGACGUGUAUGUUUCGGGGGCCUGGCGAAGCUGUCGUCACAUCCGGCUACAUCGGUGCCGGGUAUGCCAGAUCGGGGUCUCCCAUUCCCAUCGAAUAUCUCCCAGCGGAAAACACUCUGAGUUCCAGAGUACGUUUGAUGAUCCUUUAUCAAGGUAGACCUACGACCACCAUCGCUGUUGGUGAUCCUCUCACUUUCAGACUUGAAGCUCAGGAUGGAUACAACUAUGUGACGGAUAUAUUCGCUACCAACGUUAUUGCAAGGGACCCCUAUUCCGGCAGAAGCGUUCAAUUGAUAGACAGAUACGGUUGCCCAGUGGACAAUUACGUGUUCCCGGGACUGGACCGCCUUCGUGACGGCGACAGCCUCGAGGCCCGCUUCAACGCCUUCAAAAUACCCGAAUCAAAUUUCCUGGUGUUCGAGGCGAAUGUGCGAACGUGCCGCGACGGCUGCCAGCCGGCGUAUUGCUCCGGUGGUACCGGCAGAAGCGAGCCGUCCUUUGGUAGACGACGAAGGGACGUAAAUAACGACACUGUAGCAGAUGAGGACGAGGUGUCGCCGAUAACCGUGAUGGACGGUGACGUUAAUAACGCGUCGGCGACGAUUUUCAACGCGACCGAGGUCGAGGACGAGCCGGAGGAUGAGGAGGACGAGGAGGAGGAGCACGUUAGAGAAAUGAUAGAGGUCCUCGACUCGCGAAUGGACAUCGAGCAAGAGAGAAGCGUCGUCGAGAAGCAAACCAAGAUGCUGGAAAAUAUUUGUAUAACGCAGAAUGAGUACUACGGGCUGGUUACUGCGGUAGGAAUCCUCGUCGUCCUCCUCGCCUCAGUCGUUCUCCUGUCUAUGCUCGUUUACAGAAAAUACGUCUAUUCCGUGAUCAUGAAGAAUCGUAGACUCGACAAAACUUGCAGCCGCAGCGGUCACUCCGACGAGCCUUACAGUAGUCGGGUCAAUAAUUUCUCUUUCAUGAGAGCAGGUCUUCAGAAACCAUUUCAGGCCUCGUCUAUCUCGAGAUCAAUGAGCAACGCCAUUAGCCAACGUCUCGCCUCGUCGUCCACUGCUCUCGAGGGUGCUGUAGGAUUAUCCACCGGUCGACGAAGUGGUUUCGACCCGAGCGAGCCGAUUUACACCGAUCCCUCUCUCUUCGAGGUCACUCGUUGCUCGAACAUCGCGAAAUCAACCCUCAACGACAAUUUUCAUCUUAUAUAGUGCGCGAGGAAAUCUUAAAAUUGCAUAGGCUAAACGAGCAAUCGUAUUAUAGUAGUCUAAUAAACGCAUUACGGAACCGACUCACCACAAAA